AUGGGUGCAGCAAUAGCCCUCUACUCUGCAACUUGCUUCACUCAAGGAAAGUAUGACAAUGGCAGCCCAUAUCCAACCAAUUUGAGUGAAGUUGUUGGAUUAAGUGGCUGGCUUCCAUGUGCUAAGAAUCUAAGUAGCAAAUUAGAAGGGGUAAAUGAGGCCACUAGCCGUGCUGCAUCCUUGCCUAUUCUGCUUUGUCAUGGAAAAGUCAAACUCGGUGUUGGAGGCUUCAGUAUGGGUACAGCAAUAGCCCUCUACUCUGCAACUUGCUUCACUCAAGGAAAGUAUGACAAUGGCAGCCCAUAUCCAACCAAUUUGAGUGCAGUUGUUGGAUUAAGUGGCUGGCUUCCAUGUGCUAAGAAUCUAAGUAGCAAAUUAGAAGGGGUAAAUGAGGCCACUAGCCGUGCUGCAUCCUUGCCUAUUCUGCUUUGUCAUGGAAAAGGAGAUGAUGUGGUUUCUCAUAAAUUUGGCGAGAAGUCUGCAAACAAGUUGUCUUCGUCUGGAUUUCAAGACACUACAUUUAAAUCAUAUUCUGGGCUUGGUCACUAUACUAUACCCGAAGAAAUGAAUGAACUCUGUGCGGCUAACUUCGAAACUUAG